UUCCUCAUCAACACACCUUCCUCUGCCACAUAUCUGAACAUCAUGGAAGGCUGGGGCGAGGUCUCACGAAUAGUCGCGACUACAGCUCUCCCCACGGGAAGGGCUCAGAUAACGUCGUUGCAUUUCGAUACAAUGAACGAGUUGAUAUGGUGCGGGGACUCUGCAGGGUACUCCGGGUCGUUCACACUGUCCAUGGCGCCAUAUACCCGAUUCAAGGCCUCUGGGUCUAGUCCCGGGAGCGAAACCGACCCAGUGGUUCAACAUUUGAACCAUCAACGUGGAAUUCUUUCGCUUCUGCCUCGUAACGUCAAUUUCAACAGCAGAGCCGGUGUAUGCAAGCUCAGUCUUGGAUUUGAAGACAACCCGCUCUACCAGGACCUCUCGUGUAUGUCGCUCAAUUGCAACACCAACAACGAUUUGGUGAUUGGUGGUAAGUCGUCCUUAUUUAAAGUAGACUUGAUUAAGGGUAAUGCCAGCGCCAGUGAGCAGCUCCGCCAUGAUGGUGGUGUCUCCUUUAUGCGCACAUCGCUGAAGUUCUUGGUACUUGGGAAAUCAAACGGAUCCUUGGAGACGUUUGACCCCUUGGCCAACACCCUGAUCAAGACUUUCCACGGACACAACGGUUUGUUGAGUGACUUGGACGUCCUGGGGAACUAUGCCGCCACCUGUGGCUACUCCUUGCGUCCACUGGGUCGUUAUAACUAUGGCAAACGUGGUGGCAACGGUGGUGGCACUGGAGACAGCUACCUGGUAGAUCCUUUGGUGAACAUCUAUGACUUCAGGAUGAUGAGACCACUUUCGCCUAUCCCGUUCCCUGCGGGAGCUGCGUACGUGAGGUUCCACCCGAAACUCCCCAACAUUAUCAUUAUUGCGUCCACCACGGGACAGAUACAGUUUGUCGAUAUCUAUGACCAUCUGAACGUUUCGUUGUACCAGGCCGACUUGUCUGACAACAGCACCAUUAAUAACUCGAACAAUAACUCUCUUUCUGACCUGUCGUCGUACAUGGCGAACUUGGAUAUCUCCUCGAAUGGAGAGUUCCUUCUGUUCAGUGAUGCACAUUCAAACCUUCAUCUCUGGUCAUUCCUUGGCAACGAUACCACCUCAUUCAACACAUUCCCUAAUCCUUUGGAGCAACCAGACUUGAUGCCCAGCAUGCCUCAAAUAACCAAUUUCGGUGUUGAUGACAUGCUGGUACCCCUCUCAGCGGUCGGGUUACCAUACUAUAAGGAACACUUGUUGUCACAUUACCCUACCGAGUUGAAAUUUGUGAAAGAACUGGCUAAAUUACCAAUACGAUUAGAAAGAGACGGAGGUGAUGAUGGAUCAGAGAUUUCUGCUAGAUCGUUGGAAAAUCGAUUGGAAGGAACACAAGAGAAAGUUUUUACAUUCCAACCAUAUCAUGGACCAGGUCGUAAUUUAGAGCUUGCUUAUCAUCCAUUGAAAGAUUCUAAGCAUAAGAAGGCAGGAAAGAAGACUCUUAUCCCUCUGUUUCUCAGUGAAAGAAGGACAGACACACUUACCAAGACCCUUUCAAACACUAGUCUUGACAGUGUUGUAGUGGACCUGCCAACUUCCCUUCCUCCACCGGCUAUUUUCGAGUACACCUCAGGCUCUAAAUUGGCCACAUCAACGACAGCAACUGCCGAGACAGUUCCAAAUUGCUACACAAAGCUUCAAAUCCAAUACUCACGAUUUGGUGUGGAAGAUUUUGACUUUGACUAUUACAAUAAGUCUCCAAAUUACUCUGGAUUGGAAAACCAUCUCGAUAAUUCGUACAUCAAUUCACUUCUUCAACUCUAUAGGUACUCUCCACAGUUUUACAACAUGGUGACGCAAACGCUAAGAAGCGAGUGGCUCCCCAAUGAUAACCAGACCAUUAUAACCGACAACAACCCACAAGGUUCAUCGUUGUUGAACGAAUUGGGAUAUCUUUUCGACAUGACAAAUAAGGCCCAGGGCAAGAAUGUGACCAUUUCUAAUCUCACUGAACAACUUAACAUGAACCAAGACGCAUCAAAACAUCAUCUACUCAACUUUGAUGAGUGCAAGACACUCAAUAAUGAUGAACUUCGUGUAUUGAUUAUAAAUUUCAAUAAGUUCUUCAACGGAACCAUAGCGCACGAUCAAUUUGUACAACAUGGACGUGUGGAACUAAACCAAACUACCGGUGUGGAAGUGGAUGUAGAGGCCAAGAGUUUGGCUUGUGGGUUCAACGAUAAGAUGAAGAAUAUCCAAUUUGGUGUGGACUUGACCGGGAACAGUGGUGCUACCAUUCUUUCCAACCUUUCACAGGCACUCAAUCAGUUCAAGUCGGUCAAGUGUCAACAAUGUCUGGGCAAGGAUUCCUUUGACCGGUACCAUUUACUUGAAAUCAAGCAGACUGUAGCCAAGCUCCCACCAAUUCUUCUGCUUAAUCUCAACUUCACAUCAAUAGAUUUCGAACAAAUCCAGAGAACAGGCUCCUCGUGGUUAGUGCCGUCGUUCUUUGCCAACCCAAGCAACCAAGGAGUCAUGCUUAGUAAUUCUGUUUCUGGGUUUGGUCCUGGGUCGGCCAAAUACAAUCUCUUGGGAUAUGUUUGUGCCAUUUCGCAUGGCCCAGAUACUUCUCCUGGGGAACAUAAUCUUGUGUCAUACGUCAAGAUUGACGGAAGUUGGUACUUGUUCAAUGACUUCUUGGUCAUGCCAAUACCGGAAGAAGAGGUAUUUGACCUUUCCAAGCCAUGGAAACGCCCAGUUGUGGUGAUGUACACUGCCAACGCACCAGAUUUCGCAUAUCUUAGUUCGAUAGAGAAUGUAGACACUUCAAUCUUGUAUCGUGACCAUUUCGCAGGCACCAUCCGCGAAGGGUAUAAGAAAGAAUAUCAACUUCUCUCACAGGGAGAAACCCCAGUACCGGGAUCACUUGUUGCCAUCGAUGCAGAGUUUGUUACGUUGGAGCCAGAAGAAUUGGAGAUCUGGUCUACAGGACUGAAAAAUAUCAUCAAACCAAGGAAACUCUCACUUGCACGUAUAUCUGUUCUCCAUGGAGACAAUGGACCAAACCAAGGGGUCCCCUUCAUCGACGAUUAUAUCGUGCAUACCCGUGAGAUUGACGACUAUUUAACGUCAUUUUCUGGGAUUGAACCUGGUGACUUGGACCCAGUGGGGUCCACCAAGAACUUGGUUACCUUGCAAACCGCAUACCGUAGAUUAUGGUUAUUGCUCAAUAUGGGGUGUGUGUUUGUAGGUCAUGGUCUCUACAACGAUUUCCGAUGCAUCAAUCUCCAAGUGCCCAAACAUCAAAUCAAGGAUACUGGAGAGUUUUACUAUCUUCCUGAAUACAAACGGAAGCUUAGUCUUAAGUUUUUGGCAUAUGUGCUUUUGAGGGAAAAGGUUCAAACGGGGAACCAUGACUCCAUUGAAGACGCACACACGGCCUUGCUCUUGUACAAGAAGUACAUUGAGUUGAAGGCCAUUGGUGAUUUCGAGAAUACUUUGUACAAUAUUUACAUGGAAGGUCAACAGUUGAGGUUUAGGGUACCUGAUUCAUAG